AUGACCAGACUCACUAUCCUAGCAGGUGUGUGCCUGCUGAUGUGCCACCUGGCGACUGCCUCCCAGAUGGUGUGCUACUUCACCAACUGGUCCCAGUACAGACCUGGCGCUGGGAAAUACACGCCCCAAAAUGUCGACCCCUUCCUGUGCACCACCCUGAUCUACGCCUUCUCCAUCAUCAACAACAAGAACGAGCUGGUCACCUACGAGUGGAACGACGAGGUCCUCUACAAGUCCUUCAACUCCCUGAAGACCAAGAAUCCUGGCCUGAAGACCCUGCUGGCUGUCGGUGGAUGGAACUUUGGUUCAGCCCAGUUCUCCAUCAUGGUGUCCAACGCAGCAAACCGCCAGACGUUUAUCCAGUCCACAAUCAAGUUCCUGAGGACUCAUGGAUUUGACGGUCUUGAUCUGGACUGGGAGUAUCCAGGAGCUCGUGGAAGUCCUCCACAGGACAAGCAGAGGUUCACUCUGCUCUGCAAGGAGCUUGUUGCUGCCUAUGAGGCCGAGGCUGCAGCCACCGGCAACACCCAGCUCAUGCUGACCGCUGCCGUGUCUGCAGGGAAGGGAACCAUCGAUGGAGGAUAUGAGAUCGCUGAGAUCGCCAAGUAUCUGGACUUCAUUAAUGUGAUGACCUACGACUUCCAUGGAACCUGGGAGCGCGUUACCGGACACAACAGCCCACUGUACCGAGGAUCCCAGGACAAGGGUGACCUCAUCUACUUCAACACUGACUUUGCCAUGAGGUACUGGAGGGACAACGGCACCCCGGUGGAGAAGCUGAGGAUGGGUUUUGCAGCUUAUGGUCGCACCUUCCGUCUGGCAUCAUCAAGCACUGGCAUCGGAGCCCCGGCUAGCGGCGCUGCUGCAGCUGGACCGUACACACGCGAAGCUGGCUUCUGGGCCUACUAUGAGGUCUGCACCUUCCUGAAGGGCACAACAGUUCAGUGGAUCGACGACCAGAAGGUUCCAUAUGCUGCCAAGAACAACGAGUGGGUGGGAUUUGAUAACAAGGAGAGCUACGAAAUCAAGGUCCAGUACAUGAAGGACAACAAGUACGGUGGAGCCUUUGUGUGGGCGCUGGACCUCGAUGACUUUAAAGGAGAGUUCUGUGGAGAGGGAAGCCACCCGCUGCUGUCACAUCUCCGCAGACUCAUCGAUGCUGAGAUGCCUCCACUUCCACCAACAACAACCACAACCUCCAGACCUGGUGUUUCCACCACCACCGCUAAACCUGUCAUCACCACCACUGCACCCACCACCACCACAACCUCCAAACCCUCUGUUUCCACGGCUGCACCGUCCACCAAGACCACCAUCCCCAUCCCGGGACGCGGCUUCUGCAAAGACAAAGCUGACGGCAUGUACCCCCACCCAGAAGACAAGACCAGCUUCUACCUGUGUGCAGGAGGACGCACCUACCUGCGCAAGUGUGGUGUCGGCACCAUCUUUGAUGACAGCUGCAAGUGCUGCGUCUGGCCCUGA